ACUAUGGUUAUAAUAAUGUCCUGAUAAGCCAAACUAUUCCAUCAAUCAAUGCUACUGUCAAUUCAUCAACGACCUACCUAAACAUCUCUUUUAAUGAUUUAAUUGCUUUGUCAACGCCAACUAGCAACAUCACUAGCAACAUCACCAUCUACAAAGCCUCCGACAAUAGCAUUAGACAAAGAAUUUCAGCAACAAUGGAUAAUUUCUGUAACAUCAGCGAAUUUACUGUUGUCAGUAUACCAGUAAUUAAAAGUACAUUCAAUGAAUAUGGCGAACAAUAUUUUGUGACUAUGGAUAAUAAUUUUGUUCAAGAUUUCUUUUAUGAACCUUUAAAAGGAAUUCAUGAUGGUAUCUGGACUCUUAAAACAGACAUCUUAGAUAAUCAGAAAAAUGAUUCAGAUAAAGCUAUUAUGGGCUCAGUACGUCUCACAAAAGCUGCCUCAAAACAAUUCUUAGCACUUCACAAAAAUAAGCAAUUAGAACGCAUCGAUAAUUUAUUAAAUGAGCUUGCUAAAAAAGUGCCGAUAAACCGUUCUUGCUUAAGUUCAGAUAAUAGAUUCUAUAAUGCAUUUUAUGAUCAAAUUGUUAUUUUAAUUCGUAUAAAUAUAAAUAAUAAUAAAAUUAAAAGGACGGCUUCGGAGGUAUUUUCAGAUAUAAAUACUAUGAUAACUUAUAAAAAUAUCACUACCUUCUCUCUCAAUGUUACAAAUGAUCUAGACAAUGAUUAUGGCUUUCAACCAAGACGUGAGUUAAUUGUUUCGCAAGAAAUGAUUCAGAAUUAA